AUGCAGCGCCAAGCCAACACGUACAAGGAGGUCUUCGGAGACCCUCAGUUCGAUCCACCGCCGUACCCUUCUUCCCUUCGAGACAGGUCGGAGUCCUCAGCCUCUACAGCCGCAGAGAGUUCGCAACCGCUAGAACGUGCCGAUUCGACCAGCGUGGACGCACAAGGUCCGCCACCGCCGUACCACACCGUUGGUCGAGGUCUCAUCAAUGGAGUCGAAAAGCCUGCGAUACCGAAGGACUCGCUCGUGCUGGUCACAGGCGCCAAUGGCUGGCUGGGUAUGCACGUUGUUGAUCAACUACUGGAGCACGGCUAUCGCGUUCGUGGGACGGUGAGAAGCGCCGAACAUGCCGUGUCCACGAGCGGUUGUUUUUCGAGGAAAUACGGACCGGGCAGGUUCACCACAGCAGUGAUCCCAGACAUGGUGCCGAAAGAUGCCUUCCACAUUGCUGUACGCGGGUGCGCUGGCGUCAUCCACGUCGCAUCGGUCAUGAAUUUCUCCCCUGAUCCCAACGAGGUGAUAGCACCGUCUAUCGCAGGCGCGUUGAAUGCGCUGGAAGCCGCCGCCAAAGAAAGCGGCGUCAAGCGCUUCGUCUACUGCAGUGCCUCCGCCGCCGCCGUGGCCCAAGGGUCCGGCUACCGAGAAGACGUAACCAGCGACAGCUGGAACAUGGCGUCGUUCAGAACCGCCUGGGAGCCGCCGCCGUACGAGAUCGACCGUGCGUGGGCCGUAUUUGCAAGCAGCAAGAUGCAGACGGAGCAGGCGGUGUGGAGGUGGUACAACCAGCGAGAAUGGCGCGUCAACUUUGCACUCAACACUGUGCUCCCUAGUAUGCUCUGGGGUAAGGUGCUCGAUAUGCAAGCACAAGGCAUCCGAUCGACGGUCGCCGAGCUGAAGCUCAUCUACGGCGGCAACGCUGCAGCAACGGCAUGGAUACCACCACAAUACUUCGUCGACGUCCAAGACGCGGCACUCCUCCACGUCGCAGCCUUACUACUGCCAGAUAUCAAAGGCCAACGCUUGUUCGCAGCGGAGAGCCCUUACAAUAUUAACUCGUUGCUCCAGUUGCUUCGCGGGUUGUACCCUGACCGCGUCUUCGAGGGCGACGUUAGUGAUCAUGGUGCCGAUUUGAGCGUUUUUAAGGAGGCCCCGAAGGCAGAGGCGUUGCUCAAGCGCAUGGGCAAGCAGGGCUGGACGGACAUUGAGACGAGUAUAGGGCGGAGCUGUGAGGCGUUCAUGACCCGUUCCGGCGCGUCCGGCUCGUCGUAA